GACAAAGGACUCUGCACCACAAAAGUGAUGUUCUUGAGACAGUUGUAUUAGUAAAUCCAUCACAAGAUACUGUUAGCUCUGAGAUCCAUUGUCUUGUAUCUGACCCAGCUGUCCACAAGCUUCUGGUCCUGAGUGGGCAGAGCUCUGACCAAGGUGACCUGGUUCUCCAAACUGGAGUCUUUAGUCAUCGACACUUCUCAUGUGUUUUUGCUGAUCCUGCAGUCAGAAAUCUGCAGGUUAAAUCCGACCCUGGACAGCGGCCCUUACUGACUGUGUCCUGCCGUGGUGAGGCAGGCUGGAGCUCUCUACAGCAACAGCAACGUAUUAGGGAGCUGCUGAAUUACAGGCUGAAUCCUGAACCCAUACUCCCUAAGAUGGAGGGGGUCACUGAGUUCACAGAAUACAUAUCUGAGACAGUCGAUGUACCGUCCCCAUUUGACCUUCUCGAGCCUCCGACCUCAGGAGGAUUCCUAAAGCUCUCUAAGCCUUGCUGCUACAUCUUUCCUGGUGGAAGGGGGGAUUCUGCUCUUUUCGCUGUCAAUGGUUUUAACAUUCUGAUUGACGGUGGCUCUGACAGGAGGUCAUGCUUUUGGAAACUUGUCAGACAUUUAGAUCGUAUUGAUUCUAUCCUUCUCACCCAUAUUGGUGCUGAUAAUCUUCCUGGGAUCAAUGGACUCCUUCAGAGGAAGGUCGUGGAGCAGGAAGAGGAGCAGUCUCAAGGCUCAACUACAUACAGUGACUGGAUGAAGAACUUGAUCUCACCAGAGCUUGGAGUCAUAUUCUUUAAUGUACCCGAGAAGCUGCGAACCUCAGAGUCGAAUUUGAAAGUCAAGCGAAGUAUUGAAGAAGCCUCUCUUACGUUGCAAUUCCUCAACAAGCUAGGAAUUAAACCUGAGCCUCUUUUUAGAGUGGUUACUAACACCAUAGAGCCAAUCACUCUUUUUCACAAAAUGGGUGUGGGGAGGUUAGACAUGUUUGUUCUGAACCCUGUGAAGGACAGUAAGGAAAUGCUGUUUCUUAUGCAGAAGUGGGCAGGUAACAGCAAGGCCAAAACAGGGAUAGUGCUUCACAAUGGAAAAGAAGGAGAAAUAUCUGUACCUUAUUUGACAUCUAUCACUGCGCUUGUGGUAUGGCUCCCUGCCAUCCCCACAGAGAAAAUCGUCAGGGUUUUGUUUCCUGGCAAUGCACCACAGAACAAAAUCCUUGAAGGACUUGAAAAGUUGAAGCAUCUUGACUUCUUGAGGUAUCCAGUAGCCACACAAAAAGAUAUAUCUUCUGGGGUCACACCAUUGAAGCAAACAAAGUUAAAGCAAAGAACAGACAGCAAAGAAAGUCUUAAAUCAUCUCCUAAGACUCACGCACCAGCUAAACCUAAGAAAGAAAAUGAUGAACAAGAGGAUGUAUCCGUCACUGAAACUAAGAGUGACUCUGUCAAGGAGAACAAGAUUGAGAAAAAGGAAGAAAAGAAACACACCAAACCACUAAAACUGAAAGCAGAGGUGACAGAAAAUAAAAAGUUAUUGAAGGAGAAAUCACUGAAAAACCUCCCAAAGGAAAGGGUGUCCAAAAUGGAUGAAAAGAAAGAUAAAGAAAAGAGGGAAAUUAAGAAAGAAAAACUUGAGAUUAAAAAAGACGAUGGUGUGAAAAAAGUUGAAAAAAAGGUUAAAGCAAAGGAAACUUCAAAAACUGAACUGAGAAAAAUAACUAAACCUGACCUGAAACCUUUCACACCUGAGGUCAGAAAGACACUCCACAAAGCCAAAACCCAAGGGAAACCAAAAACAACGAAGAGCAAACCUACUACUGACAAGGUGGAGAGUGCAGAGAUUGUGGCUGAAUCAGCUGCUAAGACAGAGACACAGAAGAAUGGGACAGGAGUAGCCAUAACUGCUACUUCUACUCCCGAAGAUCUAACAAAUAAAUUUGAUGAUUUGAGACCCACUGAAUUGACAGAUCUCUCUGAGGCCCCUCAAAGUGCCCUUACCAUCUCAGAAUUACCAGCUGAAAUAGACAGUCAAAGUUCAAAUGUGGCAGCAGAGGAUAGAGAACAAAAUCAUGUUACCCGAACUGCAAUACAUAUUGUGGAGCAGAGCCUUAUAGAGAAAGAGGUAGUACCAUCAGCAGACAUUAAAGAAGCAGUUCCAUCAGCCGAAGUCAAAGAACAACAGGACGAGCCCCAAGAAUCUGAAUUAGAGAAAUUUGAGGAUGAGGGUGCUGCUAUUGAAGAUGAAGAUGAGGAGGAGGUUGAGAUACAGAGUGUUAACAAGAGGACAGAGGAUGAGGAGGAAGACAUGGGAAUAGGAGAUGAAGAGGAUGAAGGUGCUGCGAAAGACACCAAUGACUUGGAAGGAGUAGACAGAAAGCAUGAAGUUGAGGAAAUGGAGAAACAGAAAGAGGAGGAAAAAAAGUAUGAAGCUGAAGAUGACCAGUUUGAAGAAGAAGAUGUGAUUAAGAAAGCUGAGCUAGAGGAAGCCGAGGAUUUAGAUGCCAUUGCAGAUGAAGAAAUAAAAGAUUUCUCUGCUGAGAAAGUCAAGGAUGUCGAGGCCAAAGAAGAAGAGGUUGCAUACUUGUCAAAUGUUGGAGGUGUCACAGCUGGCAUUACCUCUACAGCCCAAGGAGCUGCUGCAGCAGAGAACCUAUCAUGCAUCCAGGAUGAAACAAUCCCAGGUUACUCAGAGACUGAGCAGACUAUCUCAGAUGAGGAGAUCCAUGAAGAAGUGGAGGACAGGAUAACACACCUUCAAUAUGAGAUUGAUAGCUAUAAUAUCUCAGUUCCAGACCAACCAGGCUCCUUUGAUACCAUCCAUGGAAUGAGACAAAUGCAAGCAGUUGUGGUGGAAAAUGGAACAGGAAAAGCAUUGAUAGAUGCACAGGAGCCAGCUAUUUCUAUCUACACCAGCAUACUUGCAGCUCCAUUAGCUGAAGAGGAACAUGUUUCUUCAGCAACAUCUAUAACGGAGUAUGACAAGCUGUCCUCUUUACCCACUUCUGUUGCAGAGGAUCAGUCGGUGGCAUCAGUCACAGCACCUCAGACUGAGGAUACUGGAAAGAGCUCCCUUGUUUUGGACACUGUAAACAUUGUACGACCUGUUACCCAGACUGAAGGCACCCAAGGAAAGGAAUACCACCAUUCAGCUGGAACCAUCUCACCAACAUCCUCCAUAGAAGAGGACAAGUGCUUCAAAUCUUCUCCUUUUGAAGAAUGUCCUCCACUUCCUUUAGAAGGCAGAACAGAGGGAAUUGAGAUGGCUACACAUUAUGAUGAUGAAGAGGAGGAUGAGUAUGAAGAUCAAACACCAAAUAUUGACAUUUCACUUGAAAAGUUACAAGAGGGAUAUGCCUCACAUGAAAAACUUGAAAAAAAGAUGGAAAUGGACAAACCAAAAAGUCUGGUGCCUUUAGUUCCACCUGACAAAAAAUCCUUGCCUCCUGAGAUGGAGAAGGGAUUGGUAUCACCUCCUAGGGAGGGUUCAUCUUUUGAUGAACAAAAAAUACUCGCUUCCUCAUCACACACUGUUUCUAAUCCUCCAGAUUCUGAAUCUGAUGUUUUUCCAGAAGCGGAAGACAGGUGCAUUAGCCCUGAUGACAGCACUAUAAAAAUGGCUUUUACCACACAUUCUGGACCACAUAGCGCCUCUCAAUCUCCCCUCAGAAUGUCACCUGUGGAAGGGAAGUAUAAAGUGCUUCUUAAAGAAGGUAACCAUGAACCAGACAAAAGUAUAUUUGACGAAGACAGUGAAAAACAAAAACUUGACAUCUUAGAUGAGAAGGAAAUAUCUCAAGCAGAGGAAGAAAAGAAGACAACCCAAGUAGCAAACUUACCCACCACUGGACAUGUUGAGGCCUUCUCAGCUGAAAAAGGAAGUCUAUCAAUUUUGCCAUCAAAAGAAAUAAGUGGCACAGAGGGAAGGCCUCAUCCAAGUGUUGAAAACAAGGGCAAAGAUGAAAAGGAAGAAAGCAUUUUCUCUGAUAAAAAUAAGAUUGAUGAAGCCCAUGAUGUAAAAUCAUUCACAGAAAACCAAGAGAAAAGAGACAAAGAUAAAGAAAAUUUAGAUGAUGAUAAAGAGGAUGUUGAGGAAAAUCAGAAGGAGAAAGAACAAUUGCAGAUUUCUUUGCCACAUACAGAUGAAACAGCUGCUACACCUUUAGAACUUAAAGAAAAGCAUACAGAGGUUACAAAGUCAGAACAUUCUAUAUCAGAACCAGAAAAAGCAACAUUGCCUGCUAAAGAGGAUUUUGACAUGAAAAAUAAAAAAGAGGAAGAGCCCCAAGAUAAAAUUUCUCUGUCAGUUCUGGAAAGGUCAGAGAUAGAGAAACUGGAGAAACAGGUAAAGGAAAUUCAAUCAAAUAAAGCUGAAAAAUUGGAGGAAUCAAAGGAGAAAGAUCUGACUGAUUCAUCUCAUCAAUCCUUAAACACAAGCUCAGAGACCAAAACAGAAAAAUCAACAUGCCAUGAACCGAUUGAAGAAUGUAAGGGGACACAACAAGACAUAGUCAAGACAAAUAUGGUAACUAAACUGGAGCAGAAAUCAGAGUCAGUUGAAAUUCAGAAUGAACAGGUUACUUCAGAGAAAAUGUAUUCAUCUUUCUGUGGAAUUGUCCAGUUUAAGGAAGAUGCAGAUGGCCUCAAAUCUCAAGUGCGACAGUUAAGUGAAAAAACAGAUGUCACCUUAAAAGAUGAAGAAAAAACAGAAAGUAUAAUUGAGACUACACUGACAUCUGAGAAAAUGAUUUCAGCUGCCAAAGAACAUGGAGAAUCUAGGGAUAACAAAACAGAGGAAAUAAUAUCUCAAACACAAGAGCAAUCAUUAGAUAUGCAUGUAGAGGACAGACAAUCCAUUACAGAGAUAAAGGAUUUAGCUGCUAAAGAUGAUCAUGAAUCUAAAGAGAAGAUAGUUCAAGUAACCCCAAGUAAGACAGAAAUUACUAGUAAACAUGAUGAUGAAUUGAGCAAGAAGCUUGUGGAAGAAACCAAACCACUUUUAGAAAAAGCAUAUAGUGAAUUUCAAUAUAUUGUAUCAGACAAGCCUCAAAUUUCAGAGUCUAUAGUUUCCGAGGACACAUUUGCAAUGCAGCACCCUACCCAAGACAUAGAUACAGAUGAAGAUGAAAACAAAUUGAAAACACAAAUAUCGCUAUCAGAUAAAACAGAUUUCUCACCAAACUUAGACCAUGGAUCUAAAGAUAAACAAGCAGACUUGAGCCAAGGACAAAUGUUGUUGUGUGCAUCAGAGAAAUUAAGUUCAUCUGCUAAUGUGGAUAAAGACUGGCAAGACAAAGUGGUACAGGAGGAAAAAGUUGCAACAGAUAGCAUCAAACCAUCCAGCAAACCUGAUGAAGAAUCCACAGAACAUCAGAUUUAUGAAAAAACAGAAGUGGUCUCUAAAUCUGAUUAUGAAUCAAAAGUGGAGACCCAACCCCUUGAAAUAACAUCACAAAAAGAUGAUUUACAAACUAAAAAGGAUGAAAAAAGCAAAGACAUCCAUAUCAAAUCUGAACAACCAUUUAUGCUUAAAGACAUAUCUGCAAUUGCACAUGAAUCAAAAGAUGAGUGUGUUGAGUACAGUCAACUUCAGAUCUCUCAAUCAAUAUCUGAGAAAACAGACUCUGCUGCUAAGCAGGAUCAACAGUUUGAACAAAAACACACUGAAGAGAUUCUAACUAAAACACCUAAACCAAGUACCUCAACAGAUGUGGCUUCUGACACAAAGCAAGAACUUAAGGCGAUGGCCAUGGAAGAAGUGAAGACAGAACAAAUUACAUACAAAUCAGAUAACACUGUGGAAAAAUCUGAAAAUACUAAAUCAGAACAUGAUUCAGUUGACGAAGUAUUGAAAAGAGAUUUGGCCUUAUCAGAACAAAUUCUUCCCAUUGAACAAGACAAAGAUGUUGAUUUAUAUGUUAGCACAGAGUGUAAGGAGGAAUUAAUUAAAGAAAAUACAGCUAAAUUGGUGUCAGAUGGUGUUGAGGCCCAUGGAGACCAGGGAGCUAAAAGGAAAUCGCUGUUAGAAUCUUCAGAGCAAACAUUAGGCUUUGAGACCUUAGACCUGAGCUAUAAAGAAAAAGUGGAUCUGAAAGAAGAACCCCAAGAAGAAAACAAGCAACACACAUCAUCAGAUGAAAUGGAUACAUUAGCAUCAACAGUAGAGAAAACAGACAUUGGAUUCAAAGUAAAUUUGGAUUAUAAAGAAAAAUUCAUUGAAGAGAUUGCAAAAGAAGCCUUCGUGACUGUGGAAAAAACUAAGGGCAGCAUUGAAGCAGAAUAUGGCACUUCUUUUCCAACCAAAUUUUCAGAUGAAGAUGAAAGCACAGAGGAAGAUGAAGGAGAUGCUGUUUGUAUGGGAGGUGCAGGCUCAAGACCAUUAUCAGUAGAACCUUGGAAGUCAGAGGAAGCAAAGGCAAGCAGCUCUGGACAACCUGUAACUUUGAAUAUUUGUAUGAAAAAAGAGGAGAUUGUGGCCUAUUCAGAAGAGAAAGAGUUGACUAGAGAUUUAAGUGGAAUGCCAUCUGAGCCUGAGAAAGAGUGUACGGUGGAUACCAUAUCAUUAACACUGGCAACUGUAGAUACAAGUAGUAAAUCUGUCACAGAGAUUUCAAGUCAGCUCACUCUAACUGAAGGCAAAGCAGCAAGCAUCACACUGUCCAGCUCUGACAGUCAGGCAAGUGUUGAGGAUACCCAAAUUAAAACAUUGCCUCCUUCAAAGGAGGCUGCAAAACCUGAGAAAGAGGCUGAGAGAGAAAGGGAAGGAGAACGAGAGGUUGCCUCUCCAGGUUUGGAAUUGCAUUCAGAUUUUCAAAAGCCUGAGAGAGUUGAGCAAAGGGCUGAGAACAGUGAGAGAAUGAAAUCUGAAAAGGAUGACCAGGUAACUUAUGAAGUGGAAAAUAAGCGCUAUGAAGCUUCUAAAUAUGAGCCAUAUGAAAAGCCCAUUUCAAAAGACAAAGAGAAAGAAAGAGAGGAAGAGGAACACUAUCCUAAUCUGGAUAUAGAUUUAGAUGACAAUAGAAAAGAAAGUCAGUCCCCUUUGCUUGGAGCUGCCUGCCCUUUAGAGGAACAUAGUGAUAAUGAGCCAGUGUCAUUCAGCAAGGUUGAUUAUCAAACUUCAUUUGAUGAGACUAAGACAAGUAUUAAAAGCAGAGAAAAUGCCUAUUCAGAGCAAGAUAAUAAGGAGCGAUAUCAAGAGGAAGAAUUAGGUAGACAAGAGAGACAAGAUGCUCUUUAUGCGGACAGUAGUUUUACAUAUGUAGAAACAUACGACAGUAGGACCACUCCUGCAGCUGGGUUGAGCUCAUUUGCCUCUAGCAAUUUGCCAGACAAAUCAGAGAAAUUAGAGAGGGAAGAGAAAGAAAAAGAGAAAGAGACUCACAGAGGGGACAUACUUUCUCCUUGUCAUGGAGAAGAGGACACAAGUAAUGCUAAAUUGUUAGAUAAAGAACCUUGUACAUCUGCUUCCAGUCUUUCACAACCUGAUAAGCCAGAGAAAGGGCCUACAAUAGAUGAGACCUUAGCAACAUCUCACUCAGACUUGGACAAGACUAAAACUUCUCUAAAUGUUGAGGCCCAUGAGACUGAGGCUCCUUCUCAGCAAGGGUUUUUCACACCAUCACAGACUCAGUCAAGUCUUCAAAGUCUAACCACAUCAUCAACAUCUGCCUAUGGUGAGAACAGAACAAAGAGUCAAAUACCAAAAUGUGAAGAUAACAAAGAUACAUUUAAAUUAGAUUCAGCUGAAAGCAAAGAGGACCCAUUCAGUUCUGGUCGUUACUCACCGCCUGAGAAGGACAUACUUCCUGCCAGGACAUCACCUGAGGAAAUAGGUCCUAAUGUCGCAUCUCAAUCGAUGAACGUCAAUGGAAAUGUUCUUGCACUUGAGUGCACUAGCAGAACAGAUUCUUUAACUAACAAGUCAUUGAUUGUGAGUGGGGAGAUCAAUGAAUGCAUGGUCAGAAGCCAGAAAAUAUUUGCAGAAGAAGAGGAUGAUUAUGAGGAUGAGGAAGAAGAAGAAGAAGAGGAAGAUGCAAGUGAUGUGGAUAUUGAAAAGGGUGCUAGAGAGAUGUCUGAAAAAGAGUCCAAAGCAGCAUUUGAUAUUAGUAUUACAUCUAAACCACCUGAUAUGAAACAAGAAGACUCAAAGGUUUGUGAAUUGGAUUCGACCCUAACAAAAGAAGAGAACACAGGUUCAUUAGCUGCUGAAGCAACUGCAAAGGCUGAGGGACCCACAACAGAGUCUUCAUCAGUACAUGGAGAUCAGCAUGAUGUGUACAGCAAGGAUGGUGAACAGUCAAAGAAACAAGAUACCAGUUCAGCCCAACCUGACCUAAAUAAGCCCAGUGAUGACAAAUAUGAUGCACAGGGAACUUCAGAUAAAAAGCUUGAAGGGGCAGAAUGCCUAGCCAGUGCUCAGGCAAUCUUGUGUGAUGCAACUUACUCUUCGUCCUCAUCCUUCAGUUACUCUUCUUCAAUGUCUGCAUCAUAUUUAACUGGUCAACACAUGGGAGAAGGGCUAGAGCCCCCAGUAACUAUUCCCACUGCCCAACUAGGGUUAGAUGGAGAUAGUAUAUCACACGGGUACUCGUCACUGAAAGAGGAAGAAUCCCCAAUUUUGGAUUUACCAUAUAUAAGUUCUGGGGUACAUUCCAAAGAUGAAUACAUGGAAGUCUUGGAUAGAAUGACAUCUGCUACAACAACAGCUGAAUCAAUAUCCAGUCUUGCCAGGUUUUCUCCCCUCAGUCCCUUGGAGGAAUCCAAAUCCUUUCUUCAAGAUCAAAAAUCAUCAGCAGAGGAAAAGUCUGAGGAGGACAUGUCAAGCAUUAAAUCUGACAGGGACCACCUCUCUGAUCCUAAAAACGUACCUGUAACAGAAUCACAUUGCUCGAAAGUGUCAGAAUCAGUAGCUUCUGAUCUUGCUCACCUUACAGAGGUAGCAUCUGCUACAUCUCUUACAUUUAGUAUUGAGCCUUUGCAGAAGGCUGCCUCUUCAGAUGAACAAUCUCAGGAAAAAUCAUCUGAUGAUGGGCCUGAAGAUAAAAGUAAUUUUGAGGAAGGGACUUUACCAUGCAGAAUUGAGUGUGAUAGAUCUUCUGCUCCUGAUCAAAAAUCGAGCACAGCAUCAUUAGCAGAGCAACAUAUUGAUGUAAAAACCUCAACAUUGCAUUCAUUUGAUCUGCAAAGCACAGAUAGACCAACAGAAAUGACAAGUUCUCAAAAGGUGCCAGCUACAGCAUGUGGAACAAUCCACACCACUAGUGUAGAAAGCAUAAAGCAAGAGGGGGCAGAGAAGUCAGAGGAAAUAAAAGACAAAGCUGAGAAAGCCCAGGAGACAGUGGAAGUGAAAGAAGAAAAAGCAAGCAAAAUAGAUUAUGAAGGAAAAAAGUUUCCAAAGAAGGAGAUUAUUGAUGAGAAAAAAGACAGAGAAGAAGUAAAACAGGAAACAAAGGAAAAAGAACAAAUGAAACCUGAAGAGAAAGUUGAUGUGAGAUUAGAUAAGGUGGGAGAGAUGCUAGAUGAUGCCAAGAAAGAAAAAUCAGAGCAAAAGAUGGAUAGUGAAGAAAAGGCUAAAGUGUGCUUGGAAGAACCAAAAGAAAAGAAAGAGGAAGAACUGAUGGAACAGAUUGGAGAAAAGGGAGAAUCGAAAGACAACAUGGAAGAGAAAGAACAUAUAAAAGAUAAGAUUGAAAAAGAUAUCAAGAAAUCAGACACAACUGAGUCUAGCCAGCAAAGUACCUUUGCGUCUGCAAUGCAGCUGGAUGCUGUAUGUCUAAGUGCUCCACCUGGCUAUGGGGAUGAUGUUUAUGAAAUCAUGGAUGAGGAAAAGGAGGAUGAAGAUGUUGAAGUGAUGAAGUAUGAUUCAAAAGAAUGUCAACACACUCCACCCUUAUCUCAGCCAUCAGAGAUGGAGGCCACUUACACUGAGGUCUCCAGGAAGACAGAUGAGACAUUAACCCGACCAUCUGACCUUGUCAUGGAGGCCACAUCCUCUCAUUCUCCUUCACUCUUCAAACAUCGCAAAGGAGAUAUCUCUCCAUCGUUCAUAAACCCAAGCCCACAUGAAUUAUCCAGCGAGGAGGGAGAGGAAGAUGUCAGAAGCGAUCAUUCUAGGGAGGAUGAUGGCGAUGAGCAGGACCAGCACUCUGUCAAGAGGAGAUCUCACAAACAGCAGCAUCAUCAUUCCCACAGUCACCAUGAGGAUAGCAAGGAGGGAUCGCAUGGCCUCCCGAGCUGUACCGAAUCGGGACAUGGUAUUCUGCUUGCAGGGGAAGAAACUCCCCCCACAUCUUUGAGCGAGUCACUUCCAUCUCAGUCUGACUCAGACGUUCCUCCAGGGACCGAGGAAUGCCCAUCAAUUACAGCUGAAGGAAACCUGGACUCGGAUGAAGAUACAGAGCAUCUGCCAGUGGAUAAAAUUGCUGCUUCUUGUGGCAGUGGAGGGAGCCAUCACUCAUCCUCCCCAAGGAGUCAAGAUCCCCCACCUAUGCCAAUGAAAGACCAUCUUCCACACACACCACACCCUGAUGUGUGCAUGGUUGACCCAGAGGCUCUUCUUAAUGGUCAGACCCACACAGAACGACCAGUGAAGAAAGACCUCAAGACGAAUAGAGGCUUGAGGAAGACACUAGGAAAGUCUGCAUCACCAGCACGUAAAGGAGAUGUGAGAAGCAGGCGGUCGACCACCCCUGUUAAGCAGACUUCCAAAGACUACUCAUCUCAUGCCCCUUCUCUUAAAAGGAAAGAUUCAGAGAAGACAUUUCGUUUGUCCAAAAUGUCUGAGACGCAGGGAUCCAGGGGAGACAUCUUCAACCCAGGAAAAGGAUUGGUCAAUGGUGUCAAGAGUAAUACAGGCUCCAACCAAAAGUCCAGUGCUGGGACACCACCUGGACCACCCAUCUAUGUUGACUUAGCUUAUAUUCCCAACCACUGCAGUGCUAAAAAUGUUGAUCAAGAGUUUUUUAAGCGGGUGCGUGCAACAUACUAUGUCGCCAGCGGAAAUGACCCAGGCAGUGGUGAACCCAGCCGUGCAGUUCUAGAUGCACUGCUAGAAGGCAAAGCACAGUGGGGCACUAAUCUCCAGGUUACUUUAAUCCCUACACAUGACACGGAGGUAACUCGGGACUGGUAUCAACAGACCCACGAAAAACAACAGGAUCUGAAUAUAAUGGUCUUGGCCAGCAGCAGCACAGUAGUCAUGCAAGAUGAGUCUUUCCCAGCCUGCAAAAUAGAAUUCUGAAUUAGUUUGAUGUUUAUAGCUUGUCAUUUGUUUCUCAUUCAUUUCUAAUCUUUUGGGUUUAGAUGAGUUACUUCACCCACAGCCUUCCAUUAGCUGCUAUUUAUAGUUUGUAUUCUAAUCUUCAAAGGCAACAAAAUCCUAGUGCUGUCAAAGGACUAUAUUGUAAGCUUUGGUCCUGAUCCAAACUAUUGUGCUUUUUUGGUUGCAUCUGCAAGGCUUUGGCAGAAAACUGAAUCUUCACUAGCUUGCUGCAAUGAAGAAAAAAAUAUCUAAUUUUCAACAUAGGCUGAAGUUUAUCCGUGGAGCGGCAUUGUUAAUUGAGCUUGUUCAUAUUCUUUAGCAUAAUUUAAAGAAAACAACAUUUUGUCCUUCAAUGCCCAUAUUUGUAAUUCCAAGCACAAAAAUGCCCUUGUUAAAUCUGAUUGUCUGUGAGAACAUUCUCUCAAUGUACGGUUAAAAGAAAACCACUUCUGAAGAUAAAGACUCAAAAAACGUAAAUGGAACUUUCUUUCUGAUACACUAAUUUGCUAAUCCAAAAAGGAUUUGUGCCAAAUCUCAAUGAUUUCAAAUGGUAAUGAACAAAAUCUGCAACCAUAAUCAAAGAUUUGUAUCCUUAAAGUGAUGAGAUUAAGCAGUAUCUAUCCUUAAAAGCAAUCCAAUAAUUUAAACUUGAUGUGUUUGCAGUCAUGUAUUUGCAUAUACAGUAUAUAUAUUUAAGUACUGUGUGUGGCUAAGUAGAUGGCAUCUUUACAAACUACUAACUUGCUUUGACAUGGAUUUUGGCAUGACUUGGCUCUAAAAUUAUCAAAUGACUAAAAAAAUAGAGAGAGUUUUAUAAUGAGUGUUUUUCAGUAGUUGGUAUUGUAAUCAAUUUACUAAAGCAUGACGCUUAGACUAAACGUUGUAGGUACAUUAAUCAAGUGCUCUGCUGUGGGGAUUUUAAGACUGUAUGUGUCCACCUCUCUCUAAACAUACUAAUAACAAUAACAGCUUGUCUACCAUCUGCACAUUAAUUGAGUAGACUGCUGUUAGAGUCAGAUGGAAAUUGCCAUUCAUGACCAAUUACACAAUGUUCGGUUGCUUAAGAAUUUUGUUGUUGUAAAAUGUAAAUUUGGCCAUACACUUUAAGACCAACGAUGCUAACAAAUCUUAAAUAACCUGUUUUAAAUGUUUUGCGGGGAUUUAGUUUUGAUGUGUGCUGAAUCGUUUCUUCUUCUUAUUUUUUUAUGUAUUGUUAUACAUAUUUGACCAGAUUUGUUUCCAAACUGAGAUUCCCCAGACACACAAGCACUUUAGAUAUAUCUUGUUUGAAAAGAAAUUCGUUUUUGGUGAUGGAAAUUGCACUGAUUACCAAUGUAGCAUUUGAGGCGUUCUUGUAGUGGAGGCACUAAUCAAUAUAACAGAACAGACAAAAUAUGUUUCAGUGGUUGCUGCGAGAGCAAAUAGUGAGGGUUACCCUCAUGUGCCUUUUGAGUGAACCGAGACAGUGAAUGUUGACUGACAACAGGUAAAACAAGAAAACAUUUCAAACAAUAUUACUAAUUAAAUAUACAGUAUAUACUGUACAUAUACAUACAACUCUCAACAAUGCAGUUUAGAAUAGUGAAAUAAUUUAUUUUGGAUAAUCAAAAAUUAGUAAUUAUUAGCCUUAUUUCUUUAGGUUUACGAUAAUACAGUUUCAAUUGACACAUAUAUAUAUAUAACCAGCAGGUUGUAUUGCACCAAGUGCCAUUGCACUUUUCUAAAAUGAAGAAGCGAGUUUGGUUGGUAGCAUGUAAAUAAUUAAUUAAUGUGAUAAUUUAUUUGAAAAAAACAAAUAUAAACAUUUUAAUCAAACCUAGAGUCUGAAAUAUAAUAUUUGUGAAUGACAGAUUAAAUACUUUAAUCUAUAGUAAAUUGUGCGAAGGUCAGUUUUUGAGUACAAAUACUCACUAAGUACUACAAUAGGGAUGCUACAAUAUUUUUAGAUUAUUUUUAUUUAAAUUACUUCUUUUUGCUAACUGCUAACCUAACCCUAAUUUCAAGAUUAUUUCCACCCAAACUGAAGUUAGAAUUUUUUUCGUUAAUAAUAUUUGGUUCUGCCAUUUUUCAAAAGGCUUAAUUUUAACAUAUUAAGUAUACUGAAAUCGACUGGAUUAAGAGAGAGUGAAAGAGAGUGGCUCUACAUCUUAUUUUCAUUGUGAGCAGUAUCUUAACCAGUAGUACUGUGCUAUCUUGACCUCUUCUACUUAAAGCAACACAAUAAUGACCCACUGGUAAAUACACAAUACUUUUUUCUUCAAAGUAACCCUAACCAUAUCAAGGUACUGGAGCUAUCAUCUCUCCCUUUCAAAAACAAGCUCAAAGGGAUUAAGGGACCUGUCAUCAUUUACUCACUCUCAUGUUGUUCGAAAUGAGUUUCUUUUGACCCGAUGUCCCGUAUGUCCUUUGGUGUGGAUAUAUUUUCAUAUUUGAAAACAUGAGCAUUUUAUUUUAAAUACCUGGUCUUGGUAACAAGUUCUAUAUGGCCUUGUUGAUUAUCUGUGAUUUCUAAACGCAAAAAAAAAAAAUUGUGUUUAAGAAGAAUGCACUUACUUAGAAUAAUAUUUUCGAAUGUAAAAGUUGCUUUGCUAGAUGCUGCUUGAACAAAACAAAGAACUAGCAAAAUAUGCACAUGAAACAGUCAAUCUCAGAUAAUGGGUCACAGAAAGAACAAUGGUUUCGAAAGAGUGACUCAUGUCAAAACGAUUUUACCAUACACUUAUCAGUGGUUGCUGACUGUAGUAAUGAUACAUAACUCAACAAUAAGAUUCCAAAAACUUUGGUUUGCAGAGGACUGUUUCACAACUACAACAGUGGAAACCGAAUAUACUACAAAUAUGACGUUUCCUUCUUUAAAACGACUUGAAAUGCCAAAAUAGAAGUCAAAACAAAUGGUGUUACCUGUAAAUAUAUUCAAAUACCUUGCAGUCAUUUAUGUGAAACGCUUUCUUUAAAGAACGUUCUAUAUGGUCAUUGUAAUUCUACUUUCCAAAAGGUAAAAAAAAAAAAAGACUGCAAAGAUAAGUUACCUCUACAAACAGAUAUUAGUUUACUUUCAAUCUCCAAGUACAUCAAUUUAUCAUGUGAUGGAUUCAAUUGGCCACAUAUAUAUAUAUAUAUAUAUAUAUAUAUAUAUAUAUAUAUAUAUAUAUAUAUAUAUCCAUCUUUGCAUGUAAUCUUAUUAGUUAUACUCCUGAAUGUAAUCAUUUAAUAAUCAGAAUUAUCUUCUUAAAACUAUUUUAAGAAGAUAUAUUUGAAUAAGCUAACUGUCUUUAUGGUACUGAAAUAUGCAUAUAUUAUCAGGCUUGGCUUCUGUUUGCCCUAAGAUGUUGUUGAGAAGAUGCUGUGAUAUUUCCUCGCUUUUGGCGUUGUAUGAAUCUUAGUUAUUUUCUUAUUUAGUGCUAUAUUCCACAUUCUGUCUUUAAAAGCUCAACUCAAACAUAGAUUCCUGCUGAUUUACUGUAAAGGGAACCAUCCUUGUGAUCAUCAAUAAAAAGCAUUUAUCAAAAUUUGGAAAA